AGAGCCCGGCUCAGGAUGGCUGCGACGCGGGGCCGCUUUGCCCACGGUACCUCAUCGCAGGGCUGCCGGCUCCUGUGGGCUCUGCUCCCGCCGCUCUUCUCCCUGUGCCCCGCGCACACGGAGCCCCCCGACUCCCUCGGACUCAGCCUCCACCCGCCCUACUUCAACCUGGCCGAGACGGCCGGCAUCUCGGCGACCGCCACCUGCGGAGAGGAGGCUGGCGGCGGGCGGCCGGAGCUGUACUGCAAGCUGGUGGGGGGGCCAGCCGCAGCCCCGCUGGGGAGAGCCAUACAGGGACAGUUUUGUGACUACUGCAAUGCUGGUGAUCCCAGUAAAGCUCACCCAAUCACUAAUGCCAUUGAUGGAACGGAGAGCUGGUGGCAAAGUCCUCCUCUUUCUAAGGGCUUAAAGUACAAUGAAGUCAAUGUCACUUUAGAUCUGGGGCAGCUCUUCCAUGUUGCCUACAUUCUUAUCAAGUUUGCAAAUUCUCCUCGUCCAGAUCUCUGGAUCUUAGAAAGAUCAGUGGACUUUGGAAGAACUUACACUCCCUGGCAGUAUUUUGCUCACUCCAAAGCAGAUUGUUUGGAACGCUUUGGAAAGGAAGCAAAUGUUCCCGUGAGGAGGGAUAGCGAUGUCAUUUGCACUACAGAGUAUUCUCGCAUUGUGCCUCUUGAAAAUGGAGAGAUUGUAGUCUCUUUGGUAAAUGGCCGCCCAGGAGCAAAAAACUUCACUUAUUCCCCUAGUCUUCGAGAAUUCACAAAAGCAACAAACAUCCGCCUUCAUUUUCUCAGAACUAACACGCUUCUUGGCCACUUGAUAUCAAAAGCUCAACGAGACCCUACUGUAACCCGCAGAUAUUACUACAGUAUAAAGGACAUCAGUAUUGGUGGUCGAUGUGUUUGCCAUGGCCAUGCUGAAGUAUGUAAUGCGAAAAGUGCUGAAAACCAAUACCAGUUUCAUUGUGAAUGUCAGCAUAACACUUGUGGGGAAACCUGCGACCACUGCUGCCCUGGAUAUAAUCAGAAACAGUGGCAACCUGCGACAGCUGGGAACACAAAUAUAUGUGAACCCUGCAAUUGUCAUGGACAUGCCACUGACUGCUACUAUGAUGCUGAUGUUGAUCAGCGUCGAGAAAGCCUAAAUAUUCAUGGGCAUUAUGAAGGUGGAGGAGUCUGCAUUAACUGCCAGCAUAAUACAGCUGGUGUUAACUGUGAGAAGUGUGCAAAAGGUUACUAUCGUCCUUACGGUGUUCCAGCAAGAGCUCCUGAUGGCUGUAUAUCUUGCCCUUGUGAUCUGGAGCGUGCGGAGGGCUGUGAGGAAGGAUCAGGCCGCUGUUUCUGCAAGUGGAAUUUCCAGGGAGAAAACUGUGAACACUGUGCUGAUGGAUUCUAUAGUUUUCCAUCUUGUAUCUAUAUUCCUGUUUAUCCUUUUACUUCUCCAAAUCCAAGAGAUGCUAUAGCUGGUGACAUAAUAGAAGGUGGCUGCAAAGCAGGAUACUUUGGCCCCCAGUGUCUGCCGUGCCAGUGCCACGGCGCAGGAGUGCUGGGUGGCGACUGUGAUGGAAAUACUGGGCAGUGCAGAUGUCGAACUGGAUUUCAGGGAUUUUCCUGUGAUACCUGUGCAACUGGCUAUUUUCAUUACCCUUUCUGCCAGGUGUGUGAAUGUAACUCAGUGGGUACCCAGCCUGAAGUCUGUGAUUUUCUUGGAAAGUGUCUUUGUCGCUCAGGGGUAGUUGGACUUCAGUGUGACAGCUGUCAGCCUGGCCACCACUCUUUCCCUGUAUGUGAAGAAUGCAAUUGUGACUCUACUGGCUCACUGGACAAUACAUGUGAUCUUAGAGGACAGUGUCAGUGUCAUACUAACUAUGCUGGAUUUAGAUGUGACCAGUGUGCUCCAGGUUACUACAGCUAUCCCAGCUGCUUGCCUUGUCAGUGUUCUCCUCGUGGUUCCCGGCGCAGCAUAUGUGAGCCAACGAUGGGGCAAUGCGAGUGUCAAACGGGCAUUACAGGGAGACAGUGUGACAGGUGCAUUUCUGCAGCCCACAGUUUCCCCUACUGUGAAGGAGUCAACAGUGAAUGUAACCCUUCAGGUAGCAUUGAUUCUCAUUCUGGCUAUUGUCAAUGUCUUCAGCACGUUGAAGGUUCUACAUGCAGUAAAUGCAAACCGUUGUACUGGAACCUGGCUGAAGAAAACCCUGAGGGAUGUACAGCAUGCCUGUGCGAUGUGAGUGGAACACAAAGUGGAGUUGGGGAGUGUCGGCAGGAAACUGGACGUUGCUACUGCAAAUCUAAUGUGUGUGGAGAUUUCUGUAACACCUGUGAAGCUGGUUAUUAUGCUCUUGAAAACAAAAAUUAUUUUGGCUGCAAAGGCUGUCAGUGUGAUGUCGGAGGAUCCAUCAGCUCUGUGUGUGCUGAACCCUUGGGUGCCUGCCAGUGCAGAGAGCAUGUUGUGGGGAAGGCCUGUCAGGAACCCGAGAAAAACUAUUUUUUCCCUGAUCUGCACCACAUGAAGUUUGAGAUUGAAGAUGGUACUACAGUCAAGGGAAAGGAAAUUCGGUUUGGCUAUGAUCCUGAGGAAUUUCCUAGCUUCAGUUGGAGAGGAUAUGCCCAGAUGUCUGCUAUACAACCAGAGGUGGUUGUGACUGUCACUGUGGCUUCCCCUAAGCUCUUCCACCUAGUCCUCCGCUAUGUCAACCUGGGUUCAAAAAGCUCUAAAGGAAAGAUUUCAGUUGCUGAGGGAAAACAUUUUGGCACUAAUUAUACUUGUGCUUCUCAGAGCAAAGAGUUUGUCUUCCCACCCAGCAAGGAGCCAGCUUUUGUCAUGAUCCCAGGAAAAAACUCCACAGAGUCUUUCUCACUGGUUUCAGGCACAUGGACUGUCAGUAUAAUAGCAGAAGAAGUCCUCUUGGAUUACAUGGUGCUGUUACCUAGAGAUUAUUAUGAAGCAUCCAUCUUGCAGAUCCAAGUUACAGAGCCUUGCACCUAUUCAGGACAUGUUUCAACAGAGAACUGCUUGCUCUAUCAGCAUUUGCCAUUGGGCAAAUUUUCCUGUGUCCUUGCUUCAGAGGCAGUAUAUUUCAGGCAUGGUGGAAAACAUGGAAUGCCUGUCCGACAGCCAACUCCUGAUCAACCAGCGAUGUCACUUAUCAGUGGAAGUGAGGUCAAUUUACAGAUGACCAUAAAUGUUCCUCAAGUUGGUCGCUAUGUUCUUGUUUUUGAAUACGUCAAUGAAGAUGAUCAGUUAUACACUGCUGAGGUAGCAGUAAAUAGUCCUGGACCUAUCACAGAAGGCAGAGUGAGAAUAUACAGUUGCAAAUACAGUUUCCUUUGUCGUAGUGUUGUUGUUGAUGAUAGGAAUCGCAUUGCAGCUUAUGACCUUCUAGCAGAUACAAAGAUACAUCUUAAGGCAUCAUCAAUUAAUUUUCUUCUGCACAAGGUUUGUAUUAUAUCAGCUGAAGAAUUUUCAUUAGAAUAUGUGAAUCCUAAAGUGUACUGCAUAGCUGUUUAUAGGAGCACUCAUGAAAGAAGUGUAACAUGCAUUCCCUCAGUGUAUGAAACUCCACCAGCAACUUUGAUUUUGGAUGCAUUUGGGGAUGGGAAAAUCUCUGAAGGACAAAGAAAUAUACUUCAUCAGCCACUGAGUGCCCCUUUAUCUUCUGACAAAGUUGAUGGAGUCACCUUGGCAUCAUUACAGAACCAGGUAACCAUGACUGGCAGAGUGCCCCGCUUGGGCAAAUAUGUAUUUGUGGUACAUUUUUAUCAGCCAGCACAUCCAACAUUCCCUGUACGUGUGCAUGUGAAUGCAGGACAUGUGUGGUCAGGUUCCUUUAAUGCUUCAUUCUGCCCUCAUUCUUCUGGCUGUCGGGAUCAGGUGAUUGCAGAAAACCAAAUUGAGCUUGACAUUUCUGAACCUGAAGUCUCUGUUACAGUAAUGAUACCUGACAGAAGAAUGCUGGUUUUGGAAAGUGUCUUAGUUGUUCCAGCAGACAACUACAGUUACAAAAUUCUUGACAAAAAGACCAUGGACAAGUCAUUUGAUUUUAUUACCCAGUGCGGAGGAAACAGUUUCCACAUCGACCCAGAAAGAUCAUCAGCCUUCUGUAAGGAUUCUGCAAGAUCACUUGUGGCAUUCUACAACAAUGGAGCAGUGCCAUGUAAUUGCCAUAGCGAAGGUUCCAUGAGCCCCACCUGCAGCCCUCUGGGAGGACAGUGUAUUUGCAGACCUAACGUCAUCGGGCGUCAGUGCAGCAGAUGCCAGACUGGCUACUAUGGAUUUCCAUUCUGCAAGUUAUGCAACUGUGGGCAGCGUCUUUGUGAUGACUUAACUGGCAAAUGCAUUUGCCCUCCUCGAACUGUGAAACCAAAAUGUGAAGUGUGCGAGAAACAUCACUUUGGCUAUCACCCUCUUGCUGGCUGUGAGAGCUGCAAUUGUUCAGAAAGAGGAGUUGUUAAUGCAGCAAGACCAGAAUGUGAAAAAAACAAGGGGCAAUGCAAAUGCAAACCAGGAAUAAGAGGACGGCAGUGUGAUAAGUGUGCUCCAGGUACUUAUGGUUUCCCAAACUGCAUACCAUGUAAUUGUAACAGAGAUGGAACAGAACCAGAUGUUUGUGAUCCUCGAACAGGAAUUUGUCUCUGCAAGGAGAAUGUUGAAGGUGCAGAAUGUGAUAUUUGCCGACCUGGAUCAUUUUACCUGGACCCUUCUAAUCCCAGGGGAUGCACCACUUGUUUUUGUUUUGGGGUAACAAGCAGCUGUCGCAGCACAAAUCGCCAUCGAACCAAGUUUGUGGACAUGAGAAAUUGGCGCUUGGAGGCAGUGGAUGAAAAUAUUGACAUUCCUGUCACUUUCAAUCCAGUCAGUAAUAGCGUGGUGGCUGAUGUUCAAGAAUUGCCUGCUUCAGUGCAUAGUUUGUACUGGAAAGCACCAACAUCUUACCUGGGAGAGAAGCUUUCUUCAUAUGGUGGCUUCCUAAGUUACCAAGUGAAAUCUUUUGGCUUACCUAGCGAAGGCAUGGUUCUUCUGGAUAAGAGACCUGAAAUAAAACUAACAGGCCAGCAAAUGAAGAUUGUUUACGUGGAUCCUAGUAACCCUCUGCCUGACCGUCAGUAUUAUGGCCGUGUGCAGUUAGUUGAGGGAAACUUCAGACAUGCCAGCAGCAAUAACGUUGUAUCCAGAGAAGAACUGAUGAUAAUCCUGUCUAGACUGGAUGCCUUACACAUCAGAGGCCUUUACUUCACUGAGACUCAGCGGUUAACCCUUGGUGAGGUUGGGCUGGAGGAAACGACCAGCAUAGGAAGCGGCAGCAUUGCAUACAAUGUAGAAACAUGCUCCUGCCCUCCAGAGUACGCCGGUGACUCAUGUCAGGAAUGUGGCCUUGGAUUUUAUCGUGAGAAUAAGGGAUUAUUUACUGGACGUUGUGUCCCCUGCAACUGCAACGGGAAUUCAAAUAGGUGCCACGACGGUACUGGGAAAUGUAUUAACUGCCAGUAUAAUACCGCUGGGGAAAAAUGUGAGCUCUGUAAAGAUGGUUAUUUUGGAGAUGCCACUCAAGGUUCCUGUCGGAUAUGUCCUUGCCCAUAUACAAACAGGUUUGCAACUGGCUGUGUGGCAAAUGGUGAAGAAAUUCAGUGUCUCUGCAAAGAAGGCUAUACUGGAGUUCGUUGUGAACGCUGUGCUCCAGGAUAUUUUGGAAAUCCACAAAAAUAUGGAGGCUACUGUCAGAAAUGUAAUUGUAACAACAAUGGACAGCUGGCUAGCUGCGACCACCUGACUGGAGAAUGUUUCAAUAAUGAACCAAAAGAUGUGGAUCCCAAUGAAGACUGUGAUUCUUGCGAUAGCUGUGUAAUUACAUUGCUGAAGGAUCUGAGCACAAUAGGUGAUGAACUUCAGCUGAUUAAGUCCCAGCUGCAAAAUGUUCGUGCUGAUGCCAACACACUAGAGCAGAUGAGACAGUUGGAAAUACGCAUCAAAGACUUAAAGGUCUUACUGAACAAUUACCGUUCUGUUUUACAUAACCAGGGCUUGAAGGCAGAUGAAUUGGAGAAAGAAUUCAGUAAGCUAAAUCAUGAUGUAAAUGCUCUCCAGGAAAAGGCUGAAAUGAACUAUAAAGCAGCUGAGAUACUCUUAAAUAAUUUUGGACAAACUCAUCAAAAAGGAAAGGAUUUGGUUUCAAGAAUACAAAUAGUUGUCAAUAAUAUACAAGUGCUCUUGGAACAAAUAGCUGGUACGAACUCAGAAGGUAACAAUUUGCCCUCGGGUGAUGCUGCCAAAGAACUGGCUGAAGCUCAAAGAAUGAUGAGAGAGAUGCGAAAUCGCAACUUUGGCCAACUGCAAACAGAUGCAGAGAAGGAGAGAACAGAAGCUCGGCUGUUACUGGCACGUGUUAAGAAUGAACUGCAGAAGUACCACCAAGAAAAUCAUGGACUUGUUAAAAUUAUGAGGGAUUCAUUGAAUGAAUAUGAAUCCAAACUUAAUGAUCUUCGUGAAGCUCUGAAUGAAGCAACAGGACAAACCAAACAAGCUGAGAACUUAAACAGAGAAAAUGGAGUUCUAUUGGAAGACAUUAAGAAACGAAUCGAUGAGACAAAUGAACAACAGAACAGCAUCUUGGAUAUUUUGAGCUCUGCCCAGACUUCCCUGACACAAGCUGACAGUAUGCUUGGAUUACUGCUGAAGAGCAAAGAGGAAUAUGAAAGCCUGUCUGCUCAGCUUGAUGGAGCACGGAAGGAUAUGAAUGGAAAGCUCACGAAUAGCUCCUUAUCAGCAAGCAAAGAACCUUUGGUGGUGAGGGCUGAGGAACAUGCCAAAUCUUUGCAAGAGUUGGCAAAACAACUGGAAGAAAUAAAGAACAAUGCCAGGAAGGAUGAGCUGGUAGGCUGUGCUGUGGAAGCUUCUACUGCCUAUGACAAUAUUAUUAAUGCCAUCAAAGCUGCAGAGGAAGCAGCCAACAAAGCUGGGAGUGCAGCUGACUCAGCUUUGUCGACUGUGAAGAGAGAAGACCUAUCAGGAAAAGCUGCAAAGUUGAAAGCUGAGAGCAGUACGCUCUUGAAUCAAGCACAGGAUACUGAAAGGACAUUGAAAGCUAUUGGUCCAACCCUCGAAGAUAUAAAGCAAAGACUUGGAGUCACUGAUGGAAAGAAGAACACACUACAGAUUGAUCUUGUUACUCUUCAAAAUAAUCUUAAUGGGAUAAACAGAGAUGACAUUGACAGCAUCAUCACCAGUGCAAAGAACAUGGUAAAAAGUGCCAAGGACGUGACAACUAAUGUACUGGAUGAACUGCUCCCAAUUCAGGAAGAUGUGGAAAAACUGAAGGGUACCUAUGGAAGCACGCAGAAUGCUGGCUUCAACAAAGCAUUGACAGAAGCAAACAAUUCAGUAAAAAAACUGACAAACCAACUUCCAGAUCUGUUCAGCAAGAUUGAGAGUAUCAACCAACAGCUAAUGCCAAUAAGCAAUAUCUCUGAGAACGUAAACCGCAUAAGAGAGCUGAUUCAGCAGGCAAGAGAUGCUGCAAAUAAGGUUGCUAUUCCUAUGAGGUUCAAUGGCAGCUCUGGUGUAGAGGUUCGACCUCCAAGCAACCUUGAAGAUUUGAAAGCCUAUACUUCACUUACUUUUUUUCUCCAAAGACCUCAGAAAAGAUUAGAUGCCCCCCAGAGGGCAUCAAAUAAGUUUGUCUUGUACCUGGGCAAUAAAGAUGCUUCUAAAGGAUAUAUUGGUAUGGCAGUAAAAGAUGGUCAUCUCACUUGUGUCUAUAACCUGGGAGAUCGUGAAGCAGAAGUUGUUGUGGAACCUCUUGUGAUGGAAAGUGACACUGAGGAAGCCAUUAUGGAUCAAGUUAAGCUUGAAAGAAUUUACCAGUAUGUGAAGCUGAAUUACAUCAAAGCAGCAACAUCAACUUCUCCGGUGUUUGAAAAGCCUUUGACUGCAAACAGUGGAGAUGGAAACACUCUCCUAAAUCUUGAUCCAAGCACUGUUGUCUUCUAUGUUGGAGGAUACCCACCAGAUUUUAGGCCUCCACGUAAGCUAGACUAUCCUCAUUAUGAAGGCUGCAUUGAAUUGGACAACUUAAAUGAGAAUGUUAUCAGCCUUUACAACUUCAAGAGGACAUUUAAUCUCAAUACCACUGAAGUGCAACCCUGCAGAAGGUACAAAGAAGAGUCUGACCAAAGCUAUUUUGAAGGCACUGGUUAUGCCAGCGUCACAUCUAAAGAAACAAAUGCAAAUGUACCAAUACGCUACGAGCAGACAAUUCAGACUACUGCAGAUGAAGGCAUAGUGUUUUUUGCUGCAAAUGAGGAUCAGUACAUCAGUGUGCUUAUUAAAAAUGGCCAUCCGGUUUUUAGAUACAAAAUUGACUCUGAGCUUCCAAAAGAAAUAGAAAACAAUGUGACUUUAAAUGAUGGGACGUAUAAACAAAUUAGAAUAUUGAUUGCCCGAAAUAAGAAUAUUGUUUAUGUCAGCUCUGAUAUUACGGCCAACGUUAAAGUCUUUGAUUUCACUAAAUAUUAUCUCGGUGGCAUUCCGUCUUCUCUAAGGAAACGCUUUGAUAUAACCGUACCUCCGUUCCGAGGCUGUAUGAAGAAUGUGAAAAACCCAAAAACUGCAUCUGUUGUUUUUGAUGAGACUGUUGGUGUCAGCAAGAAAUGUUCAGAUGACUGGAAGCUUGUCAGAUCUGCAGCUUUUUCCAAAAAGGGCACACUGAGCCUGAGUGCAGCGAGUUUCCCAUUUCCCAAAGAUUUCCAAGUUGGCUUUGGCUUUCGAACAAUGACAUCGACUGGAACACUCUUAAGUUACAAUCUAUGGCCUAAUAUUCUUACCAUCUACCUGAGCCCUGGCUUUGUAAAUGCAAAGAUAGGAGAGAAUGAAAUGAAAGUGAAGAAGGAGUAUGAAGAUGGGUCAAUGCAUUAUGUGACAGUAACAAGAGAAGCUGACAUAGUAAAACUGCUGGUUGAUGAUGAUCUUGAUUCAAAAUCAUUUGACUUUCUGAGGUCACAGACGUUCACUCAGCCUAUAAGAUUUGGUGGAGAUGAUUUUGAAGGUUGCAUCUCAAAUGUUUUUAUAGAAAGGACAGGUCAGCUCCCUGAAGUUCAAAAUCUCAUGAAUUUUACUGCAAAGACUGAUGUAUCCCUUGGAGCUUGCCACCAGUAUGAGAACCUUGAACCAAUGCUGUUGAAAGAAUUAAAAAAUCCACUCAGGUUUAGGAUGCUCAAGGAUGAAAAAUACUUUGAUCGUCUGACAUAUUCUAAUGUACAGCAUGACCAGCAAAACUACACUUUACUAACUCAGUUAAAUAUCAACAGUGAGGCGUAUCUUCUUGGAAACACCCCCAACAGUUUUAUAUCCUACACGUUUUCUUCAUCUGCACCUAUGGACAGGUUACAUUUUUCUGUGGAUAUACGAACGCGAUCAUCAAGAGGAUUAAUCAUUUUUAUGGAGGGAAAGUCUGAGAACUCUUACACGGCUCUCCACAUUUCAAAAGGACGUUUUGUCUUUUCGCUUGGUUCUGGAAGAAGACGAAUCAAAAUCAAAACUAGUGUUAAAUACAAUGAUGGACAAUGGCAUACUGUGGUAUGUGGCAGAGAUGGGAAGAAUAUCCUCCUGGUUGUUGAUGGUCUGAGGGCUCAGCAUGGAAGAUUAGGAAGAUUAGCAAGAAAUUCCACCACUGAAAUUAAGCCACCAGUCUACCUGGGAGGGCCACCAUUGCUGAAAAGACAGAAUAUACCAAUGAAGAGUUUCAAGGGUUGCCUGAGAAAUUUUAAGAUGAAUGGAAAAGUCAUGAAUGCACCUCAGCAAAAAAAGGAUGUGCUUCCUUGCCUGGAUGCUCCCAUGGAGAUGGGGAUUCAUUUCUUUAAGCAAGGAGGAUACAUUGCUGUUGGUAAUUUGCAAAUGGGCUUAGAUUUUAGGAUUGUAUUUGCCAUUCGUCCAAGGAGUUCAACAGGUGUACUCCUCCAUUCUGGAACCAAGCCAGGCAAUUACUUGACUAUUUACAUGAAAGAAGGAAAGGUCAUUGCUGCUGGAAACGGUAGAGCAGGAGAAUUCCAGACAUCAGUCACACCUCAGCAAUCUCUGACUAAUGGACAGUGGCAUACAAUCACAGUCUCUCAGAAGGUGAACACUGUGCAGCUAGAAGUAGGCAUGGAGAGUAACUACACCAUUGGACAUCCACCUUUCUCUCCUGAAUAUGUGCAUCAGGCUCUCUACUUCGGCAAAAUUCCAGCAAACUUGGACUCUCAUUGGCUUCCUGUCAGAGAUCCAUUUUUCGGCUGUCUUCGGAAUAUUAGCAUCAAUGGCAAACCUGUCUCCACCAAGAGAAUUUCAGAGGUUCACGGGGCUGUGAGUUUGCGUGGGUGCCCGGCCACGUAACUUUGCUUGUGCAUUCAUCAGGUUGGGUCUGCUGAAGUACUGUGUGAAUUCAUAUCUUGUGGGUUCCCCUUUUGCUGCUUGCUGUGUCACAGAGUAGUUGGUAAGAAAAUGAAUCCUUUGGAUGUGGAUUGUGCCAAAGCAAAUUUGAAGUAUCGGCUUUGAUAAACUCUCUAUUAAAUGUCAUUGAUUUCCAGAGUAAUCCAUCGUGUCUUUGGAAACAUAUGCAGAAAAAGCAAUUGUAUAUACCCUGCUGGGUCAAAUUCUGCUCUCACCCACAACAGCAUAUAGUUGUGUGGAAUUCCAGUGUCUUAAUUUCAGGAAUUUGCCUUAAUGCUAAACUUGAGAGCAAAUACGAUCCGCCGAUGUAAAGAAAUUUAUAAAAAUAUAAGUCUCUUUGGAUUGAUGAACAGAAUUUUUAUACAGAAAUGUACAUUAAUGUUAAAAAUAAUAAUAUAAAUGGAGUUUGAAGCACUUUAAGGAGUGAAACUCUGAGAGUUUGUUGAAAUACUAGAAAUUCUGGAACCAAAUAAAAGUAGUAUGUUCUUAAAGCCA